AUGGCCUCCAAGACAGAAAACAACAGGGUGGACAAUAAAAGUACAAGAAGAGUGAAGAGAUCAAGGAAGGUGAUGUCCCUAGCAAACAAAAUGAGAGUUCUUGAAAUGCUUGAUCAAGGUGAAACCAAUACUGCUGUUGGGCGUUUUUUUGGUGUGAAUGAAUCUACAAUUCGUACCAUCAAAAAAAAUGCGAAAGCUAUUAGGGCUAGUGCAUCAAGAGGCACACCAGAAUCACUGAGGAAAUCAUACAUAACUCGAAAUGCCGAAUUAGAGAAAAUGGAAAGAGAUUUGCAUUUGUGGCUCCUAAAACAGAAAAUGCUGAAUAAGCCGCUUUCCGUAUACAUCAUCCGUCAGCGAGCAUGCCGGAAAUGCAAGUUUCAAUUUCAAUGUGGAGAAAAAGUUCUGGAAUUCAUUGCCAGUAACGGGUGGUUGGAUCGAUUUAAGAAGCGCUAUGGCCUAUAUGAGAACAAGUGGCUGCCCGAGGAAGCAGAUCAUGCAGCUGCUGCGGGCUUUCCUAAAUACUUAAAGGCACUGAUCGAGGAAAAUCGCUAUCUGCCUGAACAGGUCUUCAAUGCUGAUGAAACUGCCCUGUUCUGGAAGCGCUUGCCCACUUGCACAUCUAUUGCAAAGGAUGAGAAAAUGACCCGGGGCUUCAAGCCUGGGAAAGACAAACUUAAGGUUCUACUGUGUUCCAAUGCUUCUGGAGACUUCCUGAUGAAACCCAUGUUGCUUCACAGAUUCCGAAACCCUUGCCCUCUUAAAAAAAAUUGCCAGAGACACUCAUCUGUUUUCAUGAAGGCAAACCAUAAGAUAUGGAUCACUGAGAAACUCUUUUUGAACUGGUUUUUGAAGUGUUUUGUCCCUGAGGUGAAACAAUAUUUGAAUGAAAACAACCUUGAAUUUAAAGUGUUGAUUAUUCUGGACACUGCUCCCUGUGACAAAAGCUCAAUAGUCAAUGCUGAUCCUCGUGUUAAAGUCAUCAGCAUCCCCCCCAACACAACUCCACUCCUUCAACCCAUGCAUCUGGGAGUGCUGAAAAUGUUCAUGAUCUACUACACUAGGCGCAUGUUUGACUACUUUGCAGAUCUGAUGAGAGAGACACCAAAGCUUUCCAUGAAAGUAGCUUGGAAAGAUUUCACCAUUUGUAAUGCCUUAACAAUCGUAGAGGAAUCCGUGAGAGAAAUAAAACAAACAACCCUUAAUGGAGCCUGGCAGAAACUUUGGAAUGAGGUUGUAACUGAUUCUGAGAGUUUCCUUCCAGUGGUAGAAGAAAUUGAAAAUAUUGUAGCGUCUGCAAAAUGUCUGGAUGGUGAAGGAUUUGAAGACAUUGACUCGAGUGACAUUGCUGAACUGUUAGACUCUCAUCCUCAGAAGAUAGUUGAAAAAUAUUUCAGAGAUGUGCUUGCCUCACAAGUUGAUAAAAGCAGACAGGGUAGUUUAACAGCCAUAACUCAAAGAACAUUGAAGUUGCCACUCUACCAGUCAAAUGGCCGUGAUGAUUCAAAGGAAAAAGACCCUUCAGUGGAAUAUCUCUUGACAUUCAGGGAACAAGAGGCUGGGCCGUCCACACACGUCAUCCCAUCUUGUCCUGCAAAUGAGAGGCAGACAUCCAGCAUACAGAUAGUUAAACUGUGGGCUUCAGACUCCUACAGCUCUAAUGAAGUGGAGUUCUAUGAGCCGCAGGAUGAAAGUUCAGCAGAAGACUGA